CUUAACCUGCAACUUUGUUGCAUCCAUUAGGGGAUAACUAAGAGGGACAGGUGGUGUGUGAUAAUACUAGUUACUACUUAGUGGAUCGAGAGAGAGAGAGAGAGGGUGAUGACAGUAGCUAAUUAUAGAAGGAAGACUGAUAUUUAGUUCGUAGGUCAUAGAUCAUAUAUAUAUAUAGAAGGAACAGUAUUUGAGUAGGAAUAGGAUAAAAGUGGAUUUCGAUUUGGAUUUGGAAGCACUUGGGUACUAAACAGCAUGCGUGUACUAAAGGCUUAUGAAAGAAUCCUAACUCUUUUAGGAGUGCGACUCUGAUUUGGAAAGUUAUAAAAAAAUAAAAAAAUAAUUCUCAAAUGGAAAUCGAAGAAAAUCCACCGACUUGACGAGUCCAUCGUCAACCGAAUCGCCGCCGGUGAGGUCAUCCAGCGGCCCGUCUCCGCCGUCAAAGAGCUCGUCGAGAACAGCCUCGACGCCCACUCCACCUCCAUCAACGUCACCGUCAAGGACGGUGGCCUCAAACUCAUCCAAGUCUCCGACGACGGCCACGGAAUGCGAUAUGAGGAUUUACCGAUACUCUGCGAGAGGCAUACGACUUCCAAGUUGUCUACAUUUGAAGAUUUACAGUCGAUUAAGUCGAUGGGGUUCAGAGGAGAGGCGUUGGCCAGCAUGACCUAUGUUGGUCAUGUUACCGUCACUACCAUUACCAAAGGCCAAUUGCAUGGUUAUAGGGUAUCAUACAGAGAUGGUGUGAUGGAGCAUGAACCAAAAGCAUGUGCUGCUGUAAAGGGAACUCAGAUAAUGAUUGAGAAUUUGUUUUAUAACAUGACUGCUCGGAGAAAAAUACUUCAGAACUCUGCUGAUGAUUAUCCUAAAAUUGUAGAUAUCCUUAGCAGGUUUGCCAUUCAUCACAUAAAUGCUAGCUUCUCCUGUAGAAAGCAUGGAGCUGCUAGAGCAGAUGUUCACUCAGUUGCCACGUCCUCAAGGCUUGGUGCGAUCAGAUCUGUUUAUGGGGUGUCAGUUGCUCGCAAUCUGAUGAAAAUAGAAGUUUGUGAUGAUGAUCCAUCUACUUCAGUAUUUGAAAUGGAUGGUUUCAUCUCCAAUUCUAAUUAUGCUGCGAAGAAGAUAACAAUGGUAAGUCUUUUGAAUCAGGAAGUUAUUAUUGAAAAGAUACAGUCUGCCGUUGAAUCAAAAUUGAGAAACUCCAAUGAUGCAAGGACAUUUCAGGAACAGGAUCAAUAUACGAACUGAUCUUAUGAAAUAGUAGCCCACCACUUUUAGAUCUCAGUUGGAAGACUUUGCUGGCAAAUAUAAGAUUGUUGGAUGAGCUCAUACUAUAAGAAUUCAAACUCUUUUUGUUUAAGACGGUUUAAGUAGUUUAUGUCCAGAUCUUUCAACCCUUUUGUUUAGGAUUCUAUAGUACAUUUUUGUCUAAGAUCUCAUAACAUUCUAUUUAGGAUACUAGCUUGUUUUUAUUCAGGAAUUUUUAUUUUUAUUUUUAUUUUUAUUUUUGCGUGAUGGGCUUUAUUGUUUAUGUUGUAAACAACACUUUUUUGGUUCGUGUGGCUUAUGUAAUAUCAAGUAUUUAUUUAUUUGCAUAAUCAUUUUGAUGUGUGAUAUAUUUUUGAUA